AUGAAAAAGAAAUCUAGAAAGGAGUUUGAGGUAGAAGCUAAUGAAAAUGGUAAUGAGAGUGAAGAAGAAAACGAUGUUUCUGAAAAUGAAGAAUCUGGAGACUCGGAAUCUGAUAGUGGCCCUGAUCUUGCUCGAGGAAUUGGAAAUGAAUCAAGCUCAAAUGAUGAUUCAGAAACUGACUCUGAGAGUGGCAAAAGCUUUCACAAUGAGAAAUUGCGAGAAUACCAAUUGAACCGUAUGAAAUAUUAUUAUGCUGUGGUAGAAUGUGACACAAUGGAAACAGCCAGUUAUAUCUACAAUGAACUGGAUGGUGCUGAGUAUGAAAGUAGCAAGACAUGCUUUGAUUUACGAUUUAUUCCUGAUGACAUGGAAUUUGAUGAGGAAUUCAAAGAUAUUUGUACUGAAUUGCCUAACAAAGAUGUGUAUAAACCUAACCAAUUUCUCAGUACAGCAUUGAGUGAAGCUGAGGUAGCUCUUACUUGGGAUGAGACAGACAAGAAGCGCUUGGAGACAACAACAAAAAACUACAAUAAGAAACAUGAGAUUAAAUUAGAAGAUUUCAAAGAUUAUUUAGCAUUAAGUUCUGAAGAGGAAGAUGAUGAAAAUAAGGAAGAGUCUAAUGCUUCUUUGAUUUCCAACUCUGAUGUUGAAUGUAAUGAUGAAAAGGAUGCAAGUAGUGAAGAUGAGGACAAAUUGCACAUUAACAAAUACAAAAAAUUGCUUGAAGGAAUUGAAGAGACUGAAAGAAAGAAAGAAGAAAAACAGAUAGAAGUCACUUGGGACAUUGGUUUGAAGGAGAAAACAGAAAAAGUUCUUAAAAAUAAAGAAAAGAAGAACUCUUCACCUUGGAAUGAGUUUUUGGUCAAACUGAAGGAAAAGCAAAAGAGACGGAAGGCCAAAAUAAAGGCUUUGAAGAAGAGUGCAGACCAAAAUGAUACAAAACAAUCAUUCAGUGAUGAUGAAAUUCCCUCAGAUAUUGACUUCAAUGAUCCAUACUUCAGUAGUGAAUUGUUAUCAGCUUCAAAGAAAAAAUCCAAGACACAAAAGAAGAAAGAAAAGAAAUUACAAAAAGAAGCAGAACAUUCAAAUUUGACCCCAGAGGAAAUAGAACAGAAAAAACAAGAAAUGGCUGAGCUUGCUUUAUUGAUGGCUGAUGAGGAUGAUGUGAAUCAGAAACACCAUUUUGAUUAUGAGAAAAUCAUCAAACAAGAAAGCAAAAUAAAACCAAAGAAAAAAGUAAAGGCUGCAAAAGUAAAAGACCAUGAUGACUUUAAGCUUGAUUUGAAUGAUGAUCGUUUCAGUGCAAUUUAUACAUCCAGUCUAUUCAAUAUUGAUAAAUCUGCUGCUGAAUACAAAAAGAGUGCUGCAAUGGAAGCACUGAUUGAGGAAAAACUACAUAACAUCUAUCAGUGUCAUUCGCCCAAGACAAAUGUCUAUAUAAGCCAGAACCUGCAGUUUACACCACAGAAUAUUUCACUGCAGGAGAGUUCUUCUUUCUUUCUAUAA